AUGAAUUGGGAUCGUCCGGUUCACAGCUUCAACUAUCCGAAUGGUGAACCUCAGACACCGACGCGGACACCCAGGUUCACCAGCUUCGGUGAUUCUGCCUUCCAAACGCCCAAACUCGAGUCCAGUUUCUACGAUCCUCGUGUGACCUGGGACACAUCCGACCCGUAUGCCUCGAGCCCGGAACUAUUCAAGACACCCCAGAGAUUUGGAUUGAGCACACCUUCGAACCAAUUGAAGGCUCAGAGCGGAUUCUCUGAGCGAGAUACGAAUCGGGAUUUUGGGUCGACUAGCGAACACAUAGCUCCAGGUUCGGAGAGAGCGAGGGCGUCAGAAGGCACAGGAACUGCACGAAGACUGCGUCUUUCUUCAAAGCCGGACAUAUGGGGUAACGAGGAGGGUCCCGGGACUGUCGAGUCGGCGAAGUCCGCCGCUUCGAUGCAGACGCCGCCGCCAACCAGUACUUCGAGGAGGAAGGGUACGGAGUAUGACAAUAAUGGGACGGCCCAGGCCUUUCAGAACAGUUCAAGAAAGCUCUCUACUGUCAGCAUGGGAGGUAGUCAUCUAGAGACACCCAGUCGGCUGAUCGGAGCGUCCCCUCAACUAUUCUCGAAUAUCCAGGGUUCUCCUGACCUGUUUCAAUUUGCCUCGAUCGACCAGUCGGCUUCUCCCUUCUUUCCUCAGCACAAACUCUUCUGGGACCAAGAGUCUGAAAACCAGGGAGAAAGCAUCGGAUUGCCGGGGAGUAGCAAUGACAUAUUCGGUCCUACUACGGGGGCAGCAUUCGGUCCAAGCAAUACAGUCUCACACGAUCAGCAAAUUCCUCAGUUACCCACGAUCCAAGGCUCACUCGACCUGCCUGAGUUCGGAGACACCAGCUUUGGCCUCAGAGGGACGACUACCGCAGACGCAGCAUUGUUCCCAGCACCGUUUUCCACAUCUCCCCGUGUUCCCGUUACCAAAGCCGAAGACCCUGCCAUGUUUCUGAGCUCCCCGGCUCGACGUUUUGGACAUCUACAAACUAGGGUGGAUCCGAGAUCUGUACAACGGGAAUCGCAACGCCAGCCUUAUCACCACCAGACUGAAGAAUCCAAGAGGGAAGAACUGCAUCGCUCUAGAAGCCUGCGGAUGCCUGGAUCGUUCUCAGAUGAGGAGGACGAUGACUGGACACCUAGUGGUGUCCGACCGGGACUGACCAGGAGCUUAACCCACACCGCAGUCUCAAGCCAUAACAGGCAACAGAACCAGAUGUCGUCAGGAGUGUUGGCAUCGACCACCGGGAUUCGAAAGACGCCAUCAAAAGGACGCACCUCACCAGUCAAGUCCCUGCGCCAAAGUCUGCCUCGUGCUAACUCCGCCACCCUUCCAACUCGCUCCCAGUCGCUUGUCCUGAAGAUUGGGAAGGAUGGGAGGGCAAAGACUGAGAUGCAGGUGGUUGAUGAAUCCUCAACGGGUCUAACCGAUCCUCUGAGCGGAAUGGACCUUGACGGCUCUGCCACAGAGAGCGAAUGCGAAUCCGCUGAAUACCCCAUCAGCCACAGUCUAUUCUCGGAUUCGAAGUCGAAACUCAGCCGGGCUAGUUCUACUUCAAGACCUCAUUCAAAGGGAUCAUCAUAUUCUAGUGCGACAGUCUCGCAUUCCGGACGGCAGUCGCCUUGGGCCAAUUCUUCUAGGGGUUUAAGGCGAGCUCCACGACCGUCGUUGGAGGAUUGGGCUGCUCAAACACCACGAAGAUUGUCGAUGCCUGUCAAUGCUGAUUUCUCUCGUGGUACAUCUGCCACGUCGGACAGCCUUCCAGACCAGAAUGAAGAUGACGGAGAUGCACAGCACGCACUGAGGCAAGUCCUCAAAGGAAGAAAUAGAUCAAGGAAUUCUGUCGUCGGAUACCCUUCUGGCCUCACACGGACAUCCAAUACCAUUGCACAUCUCCGUUCGUCUCCUCCCCAUUUCGGAGCACGACUGGAUCUCAACAUUGCCGAUUCAGGUAACUCGCCGACGACCGUCACCGACCCCGAUAUUGCGACGCCAAGCACCGACAGGCAAAGCAAUCCCAGCAAUAGCACCAGAUGUAUAUGUAACUCGAUGGACAACGGUGGACAUCUCAUGAUCCAAUGCGAGUCCUGCAAUCACUGGCUGCACACUAAAUGUGUGGGCUUGGAGCGAGCAAACCUGCCUCCUGUGUACAUCUGUGUCUACUGCUCACAAACCCCCAUGAGGGGAGGCCGACUGCGAGACCCGUUAGCUGGGACGGCCCAUGCGCCGACGUCACCCCUGGCACAUAAGUCUUUCCGAUAUCGAUGA